UGUGGCGUACCGGUUGCCAUGGUAACCUUGGACGCUGCAGCUACAAAAGUACGCAGCGCGUUAGAUGAGUCGCACAUUGUGACUGCGGCUGCAGAGCACAGAUAUUGGGCCUUGUUUCCAAACAUGGAAAACAACAAAUCGAUGAAAAAGGGAAAGAAGAAGAAGGAGAAGAGAACAACUGCCAAGAAGGAUGAUCAUCUGACUUUUCCGGAAGCCCUCUUGGCCUAUCAGAUUCAGGCAAAAGAAUCUAUGAUUCAAAUAUUACAAGCGGAGUUUACCCAGCUAGAGGAGAAGCAUUCCCGCUUUAAUGAAAGGAAUGAGCGCCUGAGGGCAGAGCAGAAGGCUCACAUCAAAGUUCUUCUUGAUGAAGCGAAAGCUGAGGAGGAAGAACUGUCUAAGAAAGAGGUGGUCAACCGAGAGCAGGUAGAGAUGGAAAUUAAGCAGAAAUGGGACUAUAUUCGUGAGAAGAGACGGUUGUUUGAAGAGCUUCGUUCCGAAAUAAAACGCCUGGCGGAACAGAAUGUGGAAAAACAGCGUGAGCGAGAUUACUGGUUCCAGUACAAGAACGUAGGGAGCGGGGAACACGCCAGACAGAUCCGACUUCUGGAAGAAGAAAUUAAGAGUCUUACACAGAGCUUCUCAGAAGUGGACGGACAUUUAAAAAAACAACUGGAAACAUCUAAAGGCGAAGUCAACAGACAAAUGGAGGAGUUAAAGAAAAAGAAACUGGGAAUUGCCGCUAAGGAAGCUUUGGAACAUCUGAGCGCGGCCAACCAGAAACCCAUCGAUGAGAACGCAUGGCUGAAGAGCCAGAUUACAUAUUAUAGGAAGGAGGUCCAGGAGCUGGAGGAGAAGGUUCACAAACUUGAGCAGGAAAAUCUGGAGAUGCAGAUGGCACAAUAUAAAACAAAAGCCAUCAAGGACAGUGAACUGCGCGGCCCAGCGCUGGAGAAAUGGUUACCCAUAGAAGGUCGGGCUAUCCAAAUACAUCCGCCUGACCCUCGAACGGACGAUCCAGAAAAUCCACGCCACUCGCGUCCUCACAGCAGACAGAAAUGGACCAUAACACCAUCGAUGAGAAGGAUGGCCAUGUCGUAACGUGGCAUAUUACUGAUGGACAGGGCUUCUUAAAAGCACACGGGAUGGAAUCCACUGUAUCUUAGUUAGUGAUAAGUCAAUAAAAAUAAAAAACCCAAAAAAA